GCCGGUCGGCAGUGCCCCGGAGUCGCGCACGCGCCGUCCCCUCCUCCAUUGUUCCAGCCCAGCAACAAGCGGCCAGUCGGACGGCGGCGGAGGAGAGGCCGGCAGUCGGGCCCCCGGGCCGCGCACAGUGAUGACAUCCGCUGAGUGAUGGGGGCCAAGCAGAGCUCCCGCUCUCGGGCUCCGUUCCCCGGGGUCUCCUCUGAUGACUCGGCCGUCCCCCCAGCCACACACUUCAGCGCCAUGGGGCUCCGCAGCCGCUCGGUCAGCUCCGUGUCCGGCCUGGAUCAGCACCAUCCCCCCGCUGGUACCCUGUACAGAGCCGAGUCCGACCGGGGCGGAGGAGGGGGGAGCUCCGGGGACCAGGACAGCCGAUACCACCACCCGCUACAGCUGGCCCCGAGACUGAUUGCGGCUCACAGCGGCUUCCGAUGCCCUAUAUGUUCCAAGGCCGUGGCCUCUGACGAAAUGGAGAUGCACUUUAUUAUGUGUCUAAGUAAACCUCGGCUGUCCUAUAAUGACGACGUGCUGACGAGGGACGCAGGCGAGUGUGUCAUCUGCCUGGAGGACCUCUCACAAGGGGACACGAUAGCCAGACUGCCCUGUCUGUGCAUUUACCACAAAAGCUGUAUAGAUUCCUGGUUUGAGGUGAACAGGUGUUGUCCGGAGCAUCCUUCUGAUUGACUGGCGGCCACUCUUUCUGGCUUUAUUGUAAGAGUACUGGGUCUCGCCGGUUUUAGGAUCACAGAGUUCGCACUCCGCGUCCUCUCCGGGGUGUCUAAACUGCUUCACACACACACACGUCCCCUCUUUCAUGCGUUCCUCCCGUAAUCCGGACACGGAGCUCCAGGGAAUCGCAAAAAGCCAAACUGAAGCCUCUUCCCAUCAUCUUUUAAGUCCUGCCCAGGAGCUAACAUCGAGGGGGGGAAGAAGCCAACAUGGGCACAUCUUUGCGCAGGCCCGAUAUUGUCCACCCCAAGGUGGACAACGCCAAGAGGUCUCAACGUCUUUUACGAGGGAUUGGGCCCGUGCGGUAUGAGGACCGCCCACAUUUAGCCUUUGCACUGCUAUCGGACGCAGCGGAAUGCAUUGUGUAAUGUGACGCCAUGACCAACACUUGUACUUUUUAUCUCCUUGGCAAUUUGCACUGAACGUUUUUUGAGUUUCUAAGGGCGCGGAGACCCUGCACACGCGCAGUUUCCG